UAGAUAAAUAAUAAAUGAUAUAAGGUCGAUAGUUAUUGAUGAAGAAAAUUAAUAAAUGGUAAUUGUGAUCACGUGAUAUACAGAAUGAAAAAGAAUACAAAAUGGAUUUUACAACUGUUUAUCUUGGGAAUAUGUUGGGCCCAUGUCAAAUCAAACACAGACUGGGCAUUUGGAGGAUUCCCAAUGAGGAACGAAAUGGCUUGCGAGAAGUAUCCAAUAUCACUAAGAUGUCCUGGACAUGACGUCAUUCAGAUUGUGUCCGCAGAAUAUGGCCGGCAAAAUACCUUCACAUGCAGCGCUUCUACUGGUGAAAUGAAGAAUGUAAAAUGUUCGUUACCCGAAGCCAAAUCUAUAAUGGCUGAAAAAUGUAACAACAGAACCCAAUGUUCAUUUGAAGUUUCAACAGCAAAUUUCCCCGACCCAUGUCCGGAGACGCACAAGUACUUGAAAACAUCGUUCAACUGUGUUAAAUAUAUGUUCGGAUGUCCCGGAUCUCUGACUGGAAUUGGAUCCGAAAUCGUGACCGCAGUUGAAAUUCAACCUCAGUCUGGAACUUGGACGAAAGAUCCGCUUUCGAGUCCAGAUCACGUGUUUUUCAUGUCUUCCAGUCAACAAAUAAUACAGGAAUACCGGAAUUGGGAUGAUUUUGUAACCGGAAAUCCUUCAUAUCGGUAUAAUUUGCCUUCGAAAGCAGCUCCGGGAAAUAUCGUCGUAUAUGACAGGAAUUUAUAUUAUGUAAAGGCGAAUUCCCGCAGUAUCAUUCGAUACAGUCUGAUCACUCAAAGACGAACAAAAGAAACUGUUAUACAGGCAGAAUCUGGCAUCCCUCAGAAUCGUGAUAUCUCCUUAUCAGUAGAUGAGAAUGGACUAUGGGUUAUCUAUCCACGACAAAGAGGCCUUAUCACUAUCAGUAAACUUGAUAAAGAUCAGCUAACUUUAUCGAAAACUUGGAACACGAACCUUCGAACAUCCGAAUCACUGCACACCUUUAUCAUAUGCGGAGUUCUAUAUUCUGUCAGUUCGUCGACUGGACAAAUAGACUAUUUUUACAACACGAAUCUCAAACAAGAAAAACGAGGAAUUCGAAUCUCAUUUGACGCCGACCAGGCCUAUAAUUUCAGAAGAAGGACCCGCAGUCGGACUUCGUUCCGACGUUACAAUGCUACAUCUGUAUCUUACAACCCAAGAGAUCAGCUGCUAUACAUAUGGGAUGGCGAUAGUGCUAAUGCUGUGUAUUAUAAACUGCAUUUUGAUAGCCAGGAUCCUUCAAAGCCUCAUGUGGUCACAACGACCAGACCAACAACAACCAUGACAACCAGACGUAGAUUGCCCCCAAGAACCACGCGACCAGUCCUUGUUACCAACCCGACCACAGAAAUACCAGAAGUAAUUCCCCCAGACGCAUUUCCUCGGCCAGUCGAUUACUGCGGAUCUACAAUGAGAAAUGGCAUCAGCUGGCCACAGACCAGCGUCAGCGAAACUGCGAGGAUGCCUUGUUUGGAUGGGACAGGAGAAUAUGAUUAUCCUGACAGCAUAGUCGACCAGUUCAUUGACCCCAAUUUUGAACCUGUGCCCCCAGAUGCGUACGAUGACGUCAUAGCUGUUGCAACAUGGAAGUGUAUUCGUGAACCAUCGAUGCGUGAAGCAGCAUGGCACGUGGCAGGUCCCGAUUUGUCAAAAUGUAUCACCUGGGCAAGUGACGUUGAAACAAAAUUCAAUGCAGGUCUUAUUGAGCGGGCAUCCGCCUUUUUUUCCCUUGCUUCACAAAUAUCAGAAGAAACUGAGUUUACAGAAAAAUCAAUCCAAGUUGCGACAGAACUGAUGAAAAAACUAUUGGAGGAUCCUACGCUGCCAAGCAAAGCUGAUGCCAAGAAAAUCGUUGAGUCCGUGACCACAAUUUCAAGCAAAUUACUGAAUUUUCCUGAAUCAAUGAAAAGUAUGGAAAAAGAUGAAAAAACUCAAUUAUCAAAUUUACUGAUGAAUGAAAUAGAAAAAGCUGCGUUCCUUUACGCCGAUACUGUUGCCAUGACACCCGCUGGCACAAGAGACAAUGAUCCUUUGAUAAUUGCAAAGGACCAAGUUAUAAUACAAGUGGACGUGAGAGAGAAGUCAUUGCAAUCUAUGACGUCAGGUUCUGUGACGUCAUUUCCAAAUGAAAAGACUUGUGCAGGGAUCGACAAUUGCGGAUCUGACGUAAUCAGACUUGCAGAUUCUGAAAUAUUGGGACAAAAAGGCGAAGGUCCAGCUACAGUCGUAUUCGCUUUGUAUAACAAUCUGGGAGACUUCCUCAACCAACCGGAUGAUGUAGAUCUAGAUGACGACGACACUAAGAAUGAUGACGUCACUAAUGACGUCGCCAUAUGGGAAAUUGACUCUAAAGUUAUUUCGGCAACGUUUAGACAACCAGGAUAUCAAACGCACCUCAGCAAACCAGCAGUUAUUGUACUGCAACAUAAAAAGGCGUCACAUUCUCCACAUCGAUGUGUGUUCUGGGAUUACUCUGAAAGCACUAACUCUGGCAACUGGAGCGACGUCGGUUGUCGAAUGAAAGAGAACAACGAGACCCAUACAACCUGUGAAUGUGAUCACCUGACAAGUUUUGCGGUUCUUGUAAAUCACGCGGGAGUUACCAUAGCACCCAUCCACGACAUGGCGCUAACGAUCGUAACAAGUGUUGGGAUCUCUAUCUCCAUCGUGUGUUUGCUUCUGUGUAUUCUGACCUUCUCGUGUUUCAGAAACCUUUACAACGAUCGCAACACAAUCCACAAGCACCUUUGCAUCUGUCUUCUCAUCGCUGAAACGAUAUUUCUGAUCGGAAUCAACCAAACGCAGAAUAAAAUUGUUUGUUCGAUCAUUGCUGGUUCGCUUCAUUAUUUCUUUCUUGCUGCUUUCUGUUGGAUGGCAUUGGAAGGCUUUCAACUUUACGUCAUGUUGGUUGAAGUAUUUGAAGCGAACAGUUCAAGAUGGAAGUGGUAUUACCUUGUUGGAUAUGGCGUUCCAGCUUUAAUUGUCGGCGUGUCUGCUGGUAUCGACCAUGCAGGGUAUGGGACAGACAGUGUCUGUUGGUUGGAAAUAAAUUCCGGUUUUAUCUGGAGUUUCGCUGGUCCCAUACUAGUCAUUAUUCUACUAAACCUCGUUUUCCUCUCAAUCACUGUCUAUAAGAUGUACGUUCACACGAUGUCGUUCACUGAUUCUGGAAAGAUUAAUUCAAUCAAAGCGUCAGUUCGUGGAGCGUCUGUUCUUCUCUGUCUUCUUGGAAUAACUUGGGCGUUUGGUUUCUUAUGGAUCAGCGAACACAUGACGGUCGUGGCCUAUUUGUUCUGCAUAUUCAAUGCAUUUCAAGGAAUGUUUAUAUUUAUAUUCCACUGCUUAUUACCAAGAAAGGUGCGUCAAGAAUACAGCAGAUGUUUUAGCAGAUUUCCUUGUUGUAAGAAUAUAUCACGUGAUACCUACGUCAGCAAUAGUAUGACGUUUUCAAAACAAUAUACUCCAGGAAGAUUUGCACCGAACGGGACAAAUGGACCCACUCAACAGUCAAGUAUUACUGGACACAGUCAACUCCGUAGAAUGUGGAAUGAAACAGUCGCUCCAAAGACUUCAGAAUCUUCUCCGAUCGCUUCAGAAGUUUCAAACAAUAUUGUGCAAAACAGAGACUCUUCAAGGCAACCGAACUGCAAUCACCGAAUGACAUCCAAUUUACCUCAAAAUUCUGGCAACAUUGAAAAACCAAUUCCUACUCGUCAACAACUACAGGUCGUAAGGCAAGAGGAUGACGUGUUCCUACCCUCAGAACAUGAGUUCGAAACUCGGUCGCCUCAGAUGAAUUCAGAAAAUGUCGGACUUCUUCAAAAUGAACAAGACGAAAUCCAAUAUGAUCGAUUACACCAUCAUCGUCAUGGUGAUGGUAAUUUUCACCACGAUGGGGCGCCAUUUCAUUCUCAACAUUACCCCCCACCUGGACAUUUUCAUACAGGACUCCCUCCCGCACCAAGACACCACACGCACACUUCUACCGGGGUCCAUAACCACCCCAGAUUCGUGCCCACAUCCCACUCCCAAUCGCGAAUACGAGACAUGGGGGACGAUGCGAUUUUGGAUCCAAACGUUAGAUACCCACAAAGCAGGCAUCGAGAACCCGCACACCCAUAUUACUGGGACCUUGACGCCCCCUUAGGGCACCACCACGCCCAUCAGAGCAGCCUAGAUGACAGUUUAGGAAAUACUAAAAGAGACUCCGGUAUCAGCAUGCAGCAUUUGCCGCCAAACUCAAUGAUGCAUAACCUUGCAAACGAAAUGCAUCGCAACAAAGUACGUAGUUCCCAUGACAACCUGACAAGUGGUGUCCAAUCAGAUAUCGAUGUACAAAACCACGGGAUGCCAAGAAAAGUGUCUUAUCCAAUUAGAGGACAGGAUGGCAUGGAGGCGGGGCAAAUUGAACCCGGGCAUCAAAGGUUUUCACCCAAUCACAGACGAGGAGGUGGGUUCUCUGACGACGAAGGUCAGCCCUCAUCAUACGAAGAUCGUGAGAAUCCACAGAAGUACCAAACGAGCAGUAUGGAUACUCAAAUGCCCCCACAUUGCGCCAUACAUAACCCAGCUGUAAUCCCCUUAUCCGGGAGACAGGAUGUCCCGAAGUCUCACCAAGGAGGGCACAGGAGGCGCAAGUCCCUUAGUACCGAUUCGGACGAUCCCAUUACUAGUGACUGCAGCCCUAGUAGUACCGGGUCGUUCGAUAAGCCACAAAACAGACAAUAUAGGCAAUGGACUGGUCAAGAAGAAUGUGCUUGAUCUUGCAAGCUAGAGCUCAAUAAAUUCGUAGUUAGUAAAUGCUGAAAUGGUGAAAAGCAAACAUAUUAUUUGCUAACAUUUCAAAGACUACAAGCCCCCGUUAGGAACCGCUGCUUUAGGGGCUAAGAAGUGGGUUUCAAAAUGGCCCACAAUAUGUACAAAUAAAUACCAUUCAAACUUCAAUUACAAAAAAAUAUUGAAUAUAAAGAAAAACGUAAAAAGCGUAAAACACGCAACCAACAGAAAAGACACGUCAAACUUUAAUUUCUAUUUAAUAUAUGUUCCAGAGGUUGACUUUUUAUUCAACUUUAUUGCAAACUGUCCCUAGCUUUGAGGUAUAAGGACGACCAAUUAAAUCGUUGCAAAACUGUGCAGAGAGAGUGCCACAGCACCAGUUUUGCUUCUUCUAUUACAAAAUUAGUUACAAAAGUUACAAAAUUAGCCAAGUCAGUAUUCCAAAAAGUAAACGAAUAGCUUGCGGAGCCCUUAGGUUUUUUCACGGAGCCCUGGGGCUCCUUAUGAACCCCUUUUAGAACCUAUGCUUAAGCCACCAUCUCGAAGAUUCCACCACAAUUCCAGUUUUUGCUUACUUAUAAGUAGCAAAAUGGCCCUGUCGUUGGCCACAGUGUAUUAUUGUCUGUGGCUAGAGAUCUUGUUUUUAAGCUAUAUCGGUUAUAUUGUCUUAUCUUCCAUGGCGUUAUAAAAUGGGUCUGCUAUGGCGAUUUGAAAAGGUUGGUUGCUGUAGCCCAGUGUAUCCAACAUAAGCGAAGUGUGCGUGGAAGAGCAUUUGUUAGAGCUAAAUUGCAAAACACUUUAUGGGAUGGGUCUUUGAUAAAGAUUUAUGGUGCUCCCGAAGUAUGCGAACCAAGAAGGCGGACAUCGGAACGUAACAUGGGUAACAGGUUAGGGUUAGGCGAUAAUUUUUUUUCCAAUUUUCCUUAUUUUAGUCCUAUUAUCAGUUCGAAGACUAGCCAAGAGCCUCCCGUAGUAUUUAAACCUAAAAUUAUGGCCUAACCCUAACCUAGUACACAUAUUUCAUUCCGAUGUCCGCCAUCUUGGUUCACAUACUUCGGGAGCCCCAGUUUUAUUAUAGAUUUAAUCAUUUGCUUUUAUUGAACGCUGCCUUAUUUUGCAAUUUCGAGAUUUUUUUGUUCGCUCAUAUUUAACAUAAGUAGAUUAAUUUUGCUCCAAUGAAUCUGGCAACACUCAUUGAUACUCACUAUUAAAUCGUAUUAUACUAAGCACGGUUCCAUAUAACGUAAUCAAAUGGCGAAUAUCAAUGUUUGUUGCCAGGUUUAUUGUUUACUUGAAGCAUAGGAAAUACCAAAUAGGUAGUGCUUUUUUUACAUUUUAUUUUUGUUUCUUUUUUUCCCUAAAAAUGACAUUUUUGUUGCAUUUAUUGUACAUUUGUUUUAUUAAUUUGAAUCAUUUUUAAAGACAAAUCAAUUUCUUAAUCAGCUUCAUUAUUUACCCAUCAACUUUAAUUAACAACAGCACCAAUAACAACAAACCGCAUAUUGACAACAAAAAUGUUUUUGUUUUAAUUUCAUGUUUGCCUUUUCAUACUAACAGUUUUUCUCCACCCUUCCACUACCAAUUAAAAAAACUCAAAAAUUUGGCUCCAACUCCGGUCCCAGUUUUGACAAAUUUGACUCCAACUACAACAAAACCUGGGAUUUCUAUCAUUAUAUUGAUAUAAGCAACUCAUAUGAACUCAAAAAUAAACGUUGUAAUUUGGACCCGGCUCCGGCUCCAAUUUGAGUCAUAUGUCAAGUCCUUCAACUCAAGAUAGUAUAAAAUACUCAUAAUUUGACUCCAAUAUAAGCAAACAUGGAAUUGACUUUAACUUAUAUCCUCUAAAAAUGCUCAAUUGUGUCGACACCUAUGUAAUACCAUUCGCGGGAUAUUUAAAAAGACGAAUUAACUCAACAACAAUGGCGAGUUAAAAAAAAAUGAAGAAAUAAUUCAAGUUUACACUUCGUGCCCUAUAAAUGAACAUUGUUGAAAUCUACGGAUAUGAAUAAGACGCCAUUUGAAGGUUAUUAAACGAAAUUUUGGAGUAAACCAAUGCGCACAAUGAUGCCUUAACGAAAUAUGAGAACAAAUUACGCCGGUUAUCCUUAGCUUAAUAUUUAAAAUGAUCCAAUCGGUUCAAAUAUACUGAAAUUAUUUAGCACAAUAAUCAGAGUUUACAAGAUUCCUUUCGCAGCAUUUUGUUAUAUAUUUCUAAUAUUAACCUGUGCACUGAUUUCGCGCUAAUGACGUCAUAAAUGAGCAUUGCGUCAUUUCCUGUUAACCGUGACCAUAGUAACGGAUUGUGCUUUAUACACGAUUUAUCGAUGGCCAUGCAUUGCAGUGUGUGAUCUCUGUUGAAUAUUAUGUUUAUCUAUAUUAUGUAUUAAAUACCACUGUGAUAUAAUAAUGAUACUAUUAUGAUGUCAUUUCAAUAAAAGUUUCCGCGCGAAA